GUACUUUUGACGCUCAUUUAAAAGGCAGCAGUUGACCAGAGAAACAGAUGCUACUGGACUGGCCAACAGGAACAUUUGGCUUCAAGACUGGACAGGAUGAAGGGCCUGUGUUUUUGGCUGCUGUUCCUUGUGCCUUCAUCAGCAUCUUCACUGUGGGAUUUACCAGUUCCAUACACUCUUCAUAGAGGCCUCGACCUGAAUGUGAAGGGAGUCGUCCUGAGAGCACUGGAUCAGUUCAGGUUGAAGUCAUGCAUUGACUUCACUGUCCGAGAGACGCAGGACUAUUUCAUUCACGUCCAACACCAAGACCGACAGUGCUCCUCAUCCGUAGGACAACAGAACUUGGAAAAAGGACACAAUAUCUCCCUCAGUCUAUACUGCAGUUCCAUCAACACUGUCGAAGAACACUUCCUCCGCACUCUUGGCUUCUACCCCGAACACGUCCGACCUGACAGAGAUGAUUUUAUCACCAUUGUUUACAAAAACAUCCAAGAAGGGAAGUCAGAGAUGUUCAAUAUAGUGAAUGACAGCAGCACCCAAGGAGUCCCGUACGACUACAGGUCUGUGACGCAUUUUGGACCACGUCAGUUCACCAAAGUACAGGCUCCCACAAUCCGCACCAAAGACCCCAAGUACCAAGACGUGAUCGGCCGAAGUUGGGAAAUGAGUCCAGGAGAUGCCAAGAAGCUCAACCUUCGCUACAAAUGCAACGACAGCGUUGCCUUUCAGCUGUAUUGUGAUUUUUCCGAAGGAGCCAUGUGUUACAUGACAAACAGCUCGCGUGGGAGCACCAAAUGGGAAAGGGUCACGCGUGCUGAAGGUGGGCCGAGCUCUGACCACACCAGUCUUCCCAGUGUCACAGCAGAGGAAGGAUUUACACCUCAGCCUCCACAGGAAGGUCACUUCAUGCAUGUAAGCACGGCGGCUGGUGAAGCAGGCGACUCUGCCUGGCUGGAGACCCCCAGAAUGAAGCCCAAGAGACAGGGUCACCUUCAGUGUCUGCAGUUCUACUACUUCCACAAUGGGAGCGCGGACGACCAGCUGAACAUCUGGAUCAGGGAGUUCAACAAUGAAACCAAUACAGCACGUCUCAUGGGACAAGUCACUGGACCACCAACGUCCCACUGGAGGAUCCACCAUGUUUCCCUGGAUGCUCAGAGUGAAUUCCAGGUGGAGUUUGAAGUUCAAAAAGGAAAUGGAAGCUCCUCUGGUGGCAUCUCCAUCGAUGACAUUAAUCUGUCAGAAAUACAAUGUCCUGAUGUGACCAUGCAGAUUGAUGAUUUUGAGCACGUCUUGACCACAAGUCCUUCCGGCACAUUCGUGUUCAGCCCGCGGCACUACUCCAGUGGUGGCUACGCAUAUCGUUUCGCUGUAAUAAUGGCUGGAGAUAAUUUUGUCUUGGGAGUGCAACUGCUGUCUGGCCAGAAUGAUGAUGAGCUGACGUGGCCAUGUCUGAACAGACAAGUGACAGUGCAAGUGGUGGAUCAGACUCCCAACAUCCAGCACCACAUGUCAUGGCAAUAUAGCUCCACCACUGCAGAUUCAGGUCAUUGGGACAAUCCUCGGAAGUUUGGGAGAAAAAUUGAGACCAAUGACACUGAGGAAGUCUUUGCCAACCCCCGGAGACCAUUCAUGGCACUACCUUCCUCUGAGAUGAAGUCCCUCAACUUUCUUAAAGGAGAAAGUGCUGUUUUUGCCCUUGACUUCCGAGAUAUCACCCCUCUGAUCAAUGGAAGUUCACUUCCCAAGGCCAAACUUGGACCAACCGCAGUGAAGCUCACACCAAAAAACCCACGACAUGACUCAUGCACGACACGGGAGCCGACCACAGCUCACCCAGCGACAGCUCACCCAGCGACAGGUCACCCAGUGACAGGUCACCCAGCGACGGCUCACCCAGCGACAGCUCAGCCAGCGACGCCUCACCCAACAACUGACCAAAGGCCGCCAACCACCAUGAGCGAUGGAGCUACAGUUGGCAGGUCACCCAUGAUCCAUAAAACAUUGGAUGACAGGUACAGUGAGCAGUGCUCCGUCACAACUGUUUCAUUUUCUUCUUUUCAUUUGCUUCUUCCCUCUGUAACUUACAUAACUUUGCAAAAAACCUGGAAUAGCAUGAACAACAAUGACUGACUGACUUUAUUCUCCAUUUUCCAAAAGUUGCUGAUCCAGCGAGUGAAACGCUCAGUUGGAUAGAAAAAACUGUCAGACACAGAACUUGUGUGGAAACAACCCACACCAUAACUGAAGAACAUGUUCUGCCUUGGUUUAUUUUAUUUAUUUUUUUUAUUUUGUUUGAGUCAUACACAUAGUUCUAGAUAACUGCAGUUGACUUAAAGAUGAAUAAAUAAAUAAAUAAACCAUAUACCGUAGUUUCUGGAACUUUAUGGAGUUCAAAAUGCGCUGUUUUCACCCUCCAGUCGAUCGUCUCUGACACGUGGGUGGAAACAGCGCAUUUUAAGCGCUUUAAAGGUAAAUAAA